AAUCAGCGGUCGCCUGGGGGAGGGCGGGAAAGGCCGGCCCGCCCUCCGCGCGAAGCUGCGCGGCGAUUGGUCGGAUGGGGCGCGGGCUCGGCCAGUCAGCCCGGAGGGGCGGUGCCGGGGAGGGUGAUUGGCAGCCGAGGAGCCAAUGAGCGGCGGCCUCUCUUCCGGCUCCACGUCGGCAGCGGCGAGCGCAAAAUGGAGGCGCUGAUCCUGGAGCCGUCCCUCUACACCGUCAAAGCCGUUAUCAUCCUGGACAAUGAUGGGGACCGGCUCUUUGCCAAGUACUACGACGACACCUACCCCAGCGCCAAGGAGCAGAAAGCCUUCGAGAAGAACAUCUUCAACAAGACCCACCGCACCGACAGCGAGAUCGCGCUGCUGGAGGGACUCACCGUCGUCUACAAGAGCAGCAUCGACCUCUACUUCUACGUCAUCGGCAGCUCCCACGAGAACGAGCUGAUGCUCACGGCCGUCCUCAACUGCCUCUUCGACUCACUCAGCCAGAUGCUGCGGAAGAACGUGGAGAAGCGGGCGCUGCUGGAGAACAUGGAGGGGCUCUUCCUGGCCGUGGACGAGAUCGUGGAUGGCGGCGUCGUCCUGGAGAGCGACCCCCAACAAGUGGUACAUCGCGUGGCCGUGCGGGGCGAGGACGUGCCCCUCACGGAGCAGACAGUCUCGCAGGUGCUGCAGUCGGCGAAGGAGCAGAUCAAGUGGUCGCUGCUGCGUUAGCGUGGCCCCCCCCCGGUCCCCCCACAACAUGCCAGCCCCCCCCCAC